AUGCAAUCAGCUCAACAAGAAUAAAAGGCCCAGCCUUAGAUAUAAUAACAAUAAUAACAACAGCCAGGAGCUUCAACAACAGGAGGCGCCCAAACUUAGGCUCAAUUAGAUCCAAAGGCUAAACCUUAGGGAGCAACACCAACUGGUGAAUCAAUUCAAACAACACUUCUCCUAGGUUGCAAAGUUCAAGUACUUACCAUAGCUCAGGUUAGAUACGUUGGUGUACUCAGUGAGAUUGAUUCUACUGCAAAGGCAAUGACUCUCAUUAAUGUGAAGAGUUUUGGAAGCGAGGGAAGAAGAAAUGGACAGAAUGAGAUUCCACCUGCAGAUGCCGAAAUUUAAGAAGCUAGAUUCAAAGUUGACCACAUUAAGCUUUUUACAGUAAUUGAAAAACCCAACCCAACACUCCUUGAUCCAGCUAUCAUUUCAAGUGUAACAAAGAAAUAAGAAGCUCCAACUUAAUAGAAGCAAGAGCCCACGACAGAUGAGAGCAAGCCUAAAUAGGUAUCAGAGUAAUCAGAAGCAAAGGAGACUCCUGUUGGGGGAAAUUGGAGAAAUUUGUAGAAUGCCCAAAACUAACAAUAACCUUAGCAAUAAUAGAAUUAUUAACAGCAGUAAUAUCACUAAUAAUAUCAGCAGAGACAGUAUCAGAACAAUAAUUAUUAAGAGAGAGAUUAUAACGAUAACAGAGGUGGCUACCAAGGAAGAGGUGGUAGAGGAGGAGACGGCGGCUAUGGUCGUGGAGGCUAUGGCGGAAGAGGCGGCCAAGGUGGAAGAGGAGGCCAAGGUGGAUAAGGCGGUGGAAAUGGCUACUACCAAUAAAAAAGAUAAAUUGGUGAACUCUAGCAAAAUCCAAAUGAGAGUUUAAAGGAGCAACUCAAGGAGACUUUUGACUUUAAUUAGCAUUAGUUGAAGGAGUAAGAAUCAGAGGAAAAAAAAGCUCAAGCUGUAGAAACAAAUUCAAACGACCAAUCAUAAUCAUCUAUUUCGCAGUCAGAUCAAAAGCCAAAGUAUGAUAAAACUGCUGGUUUCUUUGAUCAAAUUUCUAAUUCAACCUAAAAGAAAAACGAUCCAAAUGAGCCAAGAGCAGAUUUCAGAAAGAAAGAUGCAGAGACAUUCGGACUAACUACCUCGAACAACUUCUAGUACGAAAAUAGAGGUGGAAGAGGAGGCCGCGGAGGAAGAGGCGGUAGAGGCAGAGGUGGCUACGAUGGUGGCAGAGGAGGCUACGAUGGUGGCAGAGGCGGCUAUUAAGGUAACAGAGGAGGCUAUGAAGGCAACAGAGGCGGCUAUGAUGGUGGCAGAGGUGGCUAUUAAGAUAGCAGAGGCGGCUAUUAAGAUAGCAGAGUUGGCUAAGAAGGCGACAGAGGUGGCUAUGAAGGCGGCAGAGGUAGCCAUGAUGGUGGAAGAGGAGGUCGCGGUGGCUAUCAAAGUUAUGAUGGAGGCUACUAAGGUAAUAGAGGAUAUAACUAAGGUGGAAGAGGUGGCCGUGGAGGCUAUGAAAAUCGCUAUCAAAGUUUUUAAAAUGAAGAUUAAUAGCAAGAUGAAGGCUUCCCUAACAUGAAAGCUGGUGGUAGAGGUGGAUAUCAACCUAGAGGUAGUUAUAGAGGAAGAGGCGGCUUUCCAAAUAGUAGAGGAGGAGCUCAAUAAGAAUCUGAUUUUUGA